AUGCCCGCCUCCGCAGCCUCCGCUUUCAAUCCUCGUCAGCGUCUCUCUAUCUUCACCAACUCAACACUUGGCCACGAUGUCAGCGCAGCUUUCAAAGCAUCCUCAGGUUUGACCUCGCGCUCCUCAGACGCCAACGAAACCCCAGCUCCGCCACCAUCGCCAGUCGACUUCUGCUUUCCCAUCACACCAGCCGACAGCCGGAGAGACGGCUUUAUGGCCGCGAGGCUUGCAAUGUCCUGCGAUAAAACGACUACGCGUGGUCUCCACACCUCGACUCUGGUCAACCGUACUAACUCCACUCACCACGUUGAGUGCCUCCACGCUAUCAUGUACUUACAUCCCACUCCCACGUCAUCAGCCAACAUAUUCCGAUCAGCGAACCUGACUCAAAAAUUGGCCUAG